AACACGACAUCCCUACACAAAUUACUCAACAGGCAAAGGACUAUCGAAAAAGGAAUCACAACAAACGGAACAAAAAGGAUCCUUCGAUCGAUAGGUCAAUCUCUCAUCGAUUUUUCGUCAAUUUUGUUCUGUUUGGUCAGCAGCAGCAGCCAAUACGACGAAUGGCUGGUGCUGGAGGACGUUUCUUCCAAAACCCGUUCCAGGACUAUGUGGGUGGUCCAGUGGUGAAAAAUGACGACCAUAUCCGGGGGCUGAUCCAGUCCUACGUGAACCUCAUCGUGGACAAUACGAAGCCUGGCAAGAAUAGCGACCACCGAGGCGAUUUGUACGUGGGCGACGCUGGCAUUGCCUAUAUGUUUCUGAGGCUACACGAGAAUGGCCUUUUCGGAGCAGAUGCCCUCCAGUACGCCAAGCAGUAUGUGGCCAACGCCAAGAGCAAAGCGGUACGUUAUGCAGCACGAGCAGAAGAGAGAUGUUCUUUCCUCUGUGGGAAUGCUGGUAUCUAUGCGGUUUCUGCUGUCAUCUGUCACAAAAUGGGGCAAAGACAGGAAAUGGAUGAAGAUCUUAGAAAUUUUGCUUCCGGUAUCACGGUUUGCAAAAAGAUUGAUUUCAACAAAAACGGAAGCGACGAAUUGCUCUUUGGAAGAGCGGGAUAUUUAAGUGGGAUUUAUUGGCUGCAUCAGACCAUCGAUAGAAAAUUAUUUGCUCAUGAUACGUUGAAUGCCAUUUGUGGAGUUAUAAUCGAGAGCGGAAAACGUUAUUCCGCUGCACAUCGUAGUCCCAUCCCCUUGAUGUAUCAUUGUUGGGGAGAUGAAUAUCUCGGAGCCGCACAUGGAGUAUCUUCUAUUAUGCACAUGUUGCUAGAAUCACCGUUUCAAGGGAAUCCGAAUUGUACCGAAAUGGCUGCAGUUCGUGCCACAAUCAAUAGCUUGUUGUCCUUACAGGAUGCUGAAGGUAAUUUUCCAGUAACUCUACAAGAUUACUUGCAACGAACAAGAGAUGAAACAUUGGUCCACUGGUGCCACGGCGCACCUGGAAUCGUAUAUCUUAUGGCCAAAGCUUACAUCGUCUUCAAGGACCAGAAAUAUCUCCAGUCGUGUGUUCGUUGUGCCGAUCUGAUCUGGCGCAAAGGGUUGCUGCGCAAGGGUCCUGGUAUAUGCCAUGGUGUGGCCGGCAGUGGAUACGUCUUCCUCCUUCUCUAUAGACUGACCGUAGAUCCCAAAUACCUCCAUCGUGCUAUCAAGUUUAUGGAAUAUCUAACGCAUGAAGAGUUCAUCCGGUAUGCUCGCAAUCCUGAUCGCCCGUUUAGUCUGUACGAGGGCUACGCUGGAACAGUUUGCUUCCUGUUGGACUUGCUGCGGCCGGAGCGUGCCAGCUUCCCGUUCAUGGAUGUGUUCGAUACCAAGUGUUAGGAUAUGAAUGAAACGAAAAUUGUCACUCUGGGCUAGCUUAGAUGUAUUUCACAAUGAAUAAAUUAAUUUAUUGAUUCCUUCGACAAUUAUGCACAAACUA